UGAGGAGAGCAGAGUGCACGAUGGCGGUCGGGAAUUUUUGACUAUUUACGUGCUCUCUUCUCUGAAUUAGUUCUGCAUUUAUGAUGCAGAGGAUGGAUAUUCCUGAAGGAGCAGUUGUACAGCCACAUAAAAAGAAGGUUCUUUGUCAAUUUUAAUACAGUGAACUUCAGCUCUGUUACGAUCGCAGGGAGAACACGAAUUUCUUCGCAAACAAUAAUUUGCAGCUUGAGAGACAGGGGCACAGCCAUUAGGUUGUGUAUGUUCUUGGACCCUCGUUGAGAUGUGGUUACCACAGCCUGAGGACCCGCCUUUCCUGACCGUUGGUACUGAGGUGUCAGCCAAGUACAAGGGUGCUUUCUGUGAGGCAAAGGUCCACAAGGUUGUCAAAUCAGUCAAGGUUAAAGUAACCUUUAAACUAGGCUUAGGCUCAGCUGUUGUACCUGAUGACUUGGUUAAAGGUGUUUUGAAAAUUGGUGCCCAAGUCAAAGCGAGCCAUCCAGAUAAAAAUCAAUUUGUAGAUGCCAUUGUGAACAAAAUUCAAGACUGCAGUCAGUAUACAGUUGUCUUUGAUGAUGGUGACAUAACAACACUCCGCCGAACAUCCCUGUGCCUGAAGAGUGGAAGGCACUUUGCUGAGAGUGAGACCCUAGACCAGCUGCCUCUCACUCAUCCAGAGCACUUUGGCACCCCUGUGGUUGGAGGAAGGCGAGGGCGCAGGUCUAGACCAAACGCAGAUGGUGAAGAUUCUGGAGAAGAGGAGGAUGAUGUCCACAAGAGGCAUCGCUCAAGACGUGAGGAGUGGGAGUCAGAUAUUGGCAAAGUUGUUUGUGUGGAGCUCGGGGACAAGAAAAAGCAGAAGGACAACUGGUUCCCAGGGCUUGUGGUUGCUCCAACGGCCCAAGACUCUGUCAAGAUUGAGACCAAAAAGGACUACCUGGUCAGGUCAUUUCAGGAUGGAAGAUAUUACACGGUACCAAAGAAAGAAGCUUCGCCAUUUAGCCGUGAGGUUGGGAGCAAGGUUUCUCAGAGUGCUCUCAAGACGGCUGUAGAAAAGGCCCUGCUCUUCAUGACAAACAAUGAGCUGCCACCCCAUUGGGACCGCGACCUUCUCUUUGGCACAAACGUUUCUGACGAUGAUUCAGAUAGGGACGGGUCGGACUCUGAUGUAAGUGUCAGCUCUGAUGACGAGCCAAGAGAGGAGAAGGAUCAUUUUGUUGCACAACUGUAUAAAUUCAUGGAGGAGUGUGGAACCCCAAUCAAUAGUGGACCAACUGUAGGGAACAAGGAUUUGGACUUGUACAAGCUUUUUAAGGUGGUUCAGAAAUUGGGAGGCUUUAACCGCGUAAUGAACCAGAACCAAUGGAAAUUAGUGUCCAAUAAAAUGCAACUUCAGUCUCUUGGCUCCCAGGCUCCCAACCACAUCAAAGCUGCAUAUAAGAGAUAUCUCCAAAGUUUUGAGGACUUUUACCGUAAGUUGGGGUGCACAAUGGUGAGCAAUCCACGUGGUUCAAGGACGAGGCACUACUCGGGUAGAAGCUUGAUCAGGGACCGUGACCGAACGCCCAGGGCUUCCAAGAAAAAAGAUAAUGACAGCUGUGAGUCAACAGAAGAUGAGAAUGAGAAAAAGGAGGAAGAGGAGGAGGGCAAGAAAGGAGAGAAAAGAAAAGGGGAGAAGGAUGAGAGCAAGAAAGAGUCUGAGAAGAAGGAGCCAGAAAAGAAGGAAAGUGAUAAGAAAGACAAUGAAAAGAAGAAGGAAGACUCAAAAAGUUCUAGAAAUGUAAAACAAGAGAGCAAAUCUCAGAAUUCCCCUGAGAGAGAGUCAACAGGAGCCAAAGAGAGAUCACGAGAAGCUGCAGGGAGCCGGGAGAGAUCAAGGGAGCCAGCCAUGACAAGGGAGCGAUCAAGAGAGCCUGUGGUGAUGCGGGAGAGGUCACGUGAACCAACUGCAGGGAAGGACAAGUCACGGGAUUCAUCAUCGACUAGCAAAGAGCGGAAUCGCACAGACACUAGUGGGAAGGACCAGGCAGCCAGUGAAGUGGGGGUGAAAGAACGUGGAAGGGAGCCACGUACACCCCGCUCGGAAGCUAAGAACCGCGCAGCCAAGGGGGAGGCAGUGGAGGUAAAGACUCGUUCCAGCGCUAAGGAGGAGAGGCAAGAAGCUACCCCAGAGGUCAAGACACGUUCCAGCACGAGGGAGGAGAGGAAGGAAGAGAAAAAAGAAAAGGAAGUCAAAGAGGAGAGUGACAGUGAAGAAGAAGAGAUUGAAAUGGCUCAAACAAGAUCCUCCAGGCAUCGGGAGGAGAGCCGUGAGAAGGAUGAAUCAACCAAGAAGACAGCCACCCCAACCCGUAAAACCAAGAAUGAGAGAGCGGCCAUGGCCCUCAUCUGUGUGAAGACUGAGGAUGAUACAGAGGGUGAUGAUGAAACGGCCUCUUCGUCCUCGACUACACCAACCCCAGUCAGCUCAACACACUCGGGGGCCUCUGUAACAGCAAGCCCUGCCAGUGAGAAAAAAGCAAACAAAAGCAAGAGCAAAGGUCAGAAGGCAGUGGCAGUUCCAACAGCAGCACCAAUCACAGCAGAAGACUCUCCUGGGGCCAAGAAGAGAGGACGCAAGAAGAAGAAUGAAGGAGAAGUGGAGCCACCUAUGAUUGACCGAUCAAACUCUCUCCCCUCCAGGGGCAAGGCCCUUCUCCCAGCUCAUGUCCCUGUUAGUGUUGGAGACAAAUUGCGUGUGCUAUAUGGACCCAAUGCCAAAGAAUCAAAAGUGACUUAUGAAGCUAAGGUGCUAGAAGUUGAAGAGGAAGGAAAUGCGCCCAUGUACUACGUUCAUUACCUAGGCUGGAACAACAGGUAUGAUGAGUGGAUACGGAGGCCUUGCAUUGCAGAGAAUCUCACAUGGUCCCAGAAUCGGGUAAGGAAGGGCAGAGCUGCAGCAACUAAGGAGUUGAAAGAGAAGAAAGAGAAGGAAAAGGAAGUAAAAGACACCAAGGACACAAAGGAAACCAAAAAGGAAGAAAAGGAACAGGUCUCAACAGCCUCCUCACCAAAGACAAGUGCUACCAAGCGUGGCCGCCCCCCUGGUGGAAUGCGUGAGCGGCGUGAAAGUGACCGUAGUGAGCGGAGUGACACCAGUGGCACAAGCAGUGUCUCAGGCCCUAGCACAAGAGCAGCGCGUGAGAGGCAAGUGCAGCAACCAGAUAGUCCAUCACCCAGUGAGCAGAGGCGGCCACGCCGCAUUGGAGGAGGAAUAGGAGGAGGAGGAAGCACACUUGACACAACAGAAAGUGAUAGCGAGGAGUAUGAAUCUGAUGCUGACACUGGCUCUGAAAAGUCCCGCACCAGAUCAAGCACAGAAAAGGCUCCAGCCACUGCUUCUAUAUCUGCUUUGUCUACUCCUGUGUCUGAACCUUCUACUACUGUGAGUACUGUGUCUGAAAAGACUGUAAAAGAGACACCAACAAAGGUGCAAGUGGUAGAGGUAAAGGAAGAGAAGGUGGAGCAGGAGCCAUGUGGGAAGGACAUUGAUCUGAAUGCCAUUAUAUCUGAGAUGAAGGGUUUGGAUAAACCAAUAAAGAAGGAAGAGGACCGUGUAGUUGUGAAGGAUACAGCUCCUAGAAUACUAUCUCCAGUGAUGCAGACAUCCUUCACCACGCCUGAGAAAAAGACUCCUGAGUUGCAAGCCAAGAAAGUCCUAGAGAUUACCCCUAAAAAAGCAGUUCCAGAAUCUCCAGGGAAAAACAUCACCCAAGACCCCAUGAAACUACUCUCUCCAAAAGCUGAGUCUUUGGAAGAUGAUGUGUAUGAAUUCAAAGAGCCAGAGCCUUUUGAUUUUGGAGAGAUUCGUGCUAGGAAGGACACACGAACCAAAGCAAGCAUGGGGGCCCUAGCAUCAGAUGAAGCUGAGGCAGACACCAAAGUCAAGAAGAAGGGUCGACCGAGAAAGGAUGCGAAGGAGGGAGAGGGUGACAAGACUGAGUCUGACAGUGAUACUGCCCCAAGCCCUCAGAAGAGAAUAAUGCUUCCCAGGGAGGCCAGAGAGUCACCUGUCAAGUGGCCAAUUGGUGAUUUGAAGGAGGUGGCUCCCCAGCCAGAAGUCAGUACAACACCAGAGAAAAAAGAAGCAGUUGCAGUAACCACUAUUAUUUCCCCUGUUCGUAAGGUCUUGAUCAAAAGAGAGACACCAGUCAAGAACGAACAGGCCACAGUUCAGCCCACAGAAGUCAAGGUGAGCAAGCAAGAAUCGCCAAAGUGUCCAUCUCCAAAGCAGAAUCAGCAGGAAAUCCCGGCACCAAGUUUGCCAAUGAAAGAACCAGUAAGAAUCAAUGUCACACAAAUAAAAGCCAAGCCGGUGAAUACCAGCGACAGAGGCAUAGCUAUCCCCAAGCCAAGUGGACCUACAUCUCACUUACUUGCUCAAGCUGUAAUGCCUGUAAUUGAAUCUAAAGCUCUUGCUAAGCCUGUUCCUAAGCCAACAUUUGAUGCCAAAGUGGAUAAACCUCCACCUUCUGUCAAGUCUGAAGACAAAGUUGAGGCCAAGGUUAUUCCCUUUUCCCAGAGACAGCAACAUAUAUUCCCACAUCUCUUGAACCGGCCAGAGACCAGUGAUAAGGCAAAGGAUGUACCACAACGAAUUACAGCUUCUGCCAUCCAGUCACCACCAAGGGAUUCUACACCAGUGCUGGAAUCUACAUCUUUAAGCCAGAGUGGGUCAGAUGUGGAGAGAAUCAAGAGGGAAUCCUCAGUGGAGGAGACCAUAGAAGCAGUCAUCAAGCGAGCCCGACAAGACAAGCCAGAAGCAAAGGAAGAUGAUGAUAAAUCAGAAGGGAAGGCAAGUCCAGACAAGAAGCGUAGAACGUCAGGGAGAGGAAAGAAGGUUUUGAGCCGUGAGUUCCUCCCAGACACAUCUGAGGAAUCAGACUCUGAUGGUAGGCUCUCCAGACCUGAGACAGAGAGAAGGACACGAAGACCCAGGCUGGUUGUAGAUGGAGAGCAUGCCAUGAUCAAGCGGGCACAGAGACUGGUGUCUGACACAGAAAAGAAAAGUGGCCGGAGAAGAGAGGCAGAAGUAUGUGAUGAUGAUGAUGACGAGGGGGAUGAUGAGGGGGAUGAUGAGGAAGAGGAUGAAGAUGAUGAAGAGGAUGAGGAUGAAGAGACAGAGAAGGGAACAGUCCCACAGCCUGCAAGCCUAAGUAAGGGGAAACUCUCAAGAAGACUGGAUGUUGAAGACCAGAAGGAAGGGGAAGAGGCAGAGGUGGAAGGUGUCCGCCACAUCAGGAAAAAGCCUCGUGCCUCAGCAUCAGCCACACCCAAAAGGUAUGAGGAAGAGGGCCUGGGUGACCUCCUUUGUGAGGAAACUAUCCCACCUGGGAGUCCCAUGACCCAUGAUGCCAUCACGUCAGAGGCUGAGCUUCCCCAGCGGCCAGAUAUGAAGCAUGAGAUGCCUUUUGCCAGUGUACCCACUGGAAGCAGUUUCGGGAAGAGAGGGCCUGUGCCGCCAGGGGGACCACAGCCCCCUUCGAAUCCAACACAACCUCAUGUGGCGCAGUCGCAGCCCUCUCCACAGCAUCAGCAGAUGCACCAGCUGCCCAAGCAGCCACAGCCACAACUUCCCCCACAGCAGAAGCAUCAGAUCUUAGUUCCUCAGCAGAAAAUACAUCCCAAAACAGUACAACAGCAGCAGCAACAACAACAACAACAACAGCAGCAACAGCAGCAGCAGCAACAACAGCAGCAACAGCAGCAGCAACAACAACAGCAACAACAACAGCAACAGCAACAGCAACAACAACAACAGCAACAACAACAGCAACAACAACAGCAACAACAACAACAGCAACAACAACAGCAACAACAACAACAACAACAACAACAACAACAACAACAGAAACAUGAACAGCAGCACCAUAAGCAGCAACAGCCACAACAACCACCACAACAGCAGCAACAGCAACAACAGCAGCACCACCAACAACAGGCAAAGCAGCAACAGCAGCACCAGCAACCACAACAACAGCCACAGCAGCCAUCCCCAUCGCAGCCACAUCAGCAUCAUCAGUCACAUCUUCAUCCACAUCUUCAUCAUCCAUCUCAGUCUCCGCUUCAACCUCAAUCUCAACCUCAGGCUCAACCUCAGGCUCUUGCUCUUCCUCUCCCACAACUCCAUCAGCAACAGCAGCAGCAGCAACAGCAACUGCUUCACCAUCAGCCACAACAGCAACACAAACCACAACAACCAAAGCAACAACAGUUGCACCCACAACAAAGAACACUGCAACAACAGCAGUUGCCUUUACAGCAGCAACAGCAACCCCAGCAAUCAGCACAGCUUCAGCAGCUACAGCAGGUGCCACAGCAGUCACCACCACAUCAACAUCACCAGCCACAGCUAUCACAUCAGUCCCCUAAGCAGCAGCAACAACAGAUGCCACAGUUACCACAACAGCAGCAGCUGCAGCAGUCACCACAACAGCAGUCUCCAACGCAACCCCCCUCGCAACCACUGCCUCCUCCACAGCAACUCCAAAUCUCACACCAAGUACAGCCACACCAGCAACAGCCAAAACAAGUACAACACCAACAACACCAGCAGCAGUUGCAGCAGUCAAGACCACUGCAGCACCAGAAAUCUCAGACAUUAGUCCAGCCAUCAAGCCAACCAUCUCAGCAGCAGCCAGAGCAUGGCUUCCAGGUGUCACAAGCAGGCCAGCAUCUGAACCAGCAGAAGAUUCAGCAUCCACAGCACCAAAAGCAACAACUGUAUCCUGCAACUCAGUCUGAUCACCAGCAGGUGCAGCACCAACAGCAGCAGCAGUCUUACCAGCGGUCUCACCUCCAGCAGCAGCAACACUCCCAGCAGCACCAACAGUUAUCCCAGGACCAACAUCAGCAUCCACCUCCCCCUCAGCCACACCAGAUAACCCCAAGACAUGGGCCAGGCAUCAGCAGUGCAGUCAUAAGCCCUAACCUUGCUGUUGUAGCAGCUGUGGCAGCUGCAGUAAGCCCAAGAAACUGUGGAGCUGUAGCAAGUGGAUCUACAGCCUCACCCUCGGGUGGGACAGGUGCUAGUAGUGCUCUGCCAGGGGCAGGAGGAGCAGCUGGAGCACAGGCACACUCAUCAGCCCAGGCCACCAUAGACAACACUCCACCUACGACUCCUGAAAGCAUUAUUUCAAAUAUUUCAGAUUCAGUCAAAGGGGAUAAUGAGGUUUCAAAGCUGGACGAGUCCAGUAAAUCUGGAAGAGAUUCAUCAGAAGUAGAAUUAGAAAGCCUAGCUGACAAUAGUAAGAUGGAUCAGUUCUCUGAAGAUUCCAACACAAUGGACAGUACACUGGGGAGUGAGCCCCGGCGCCGUGGGAGGCUGGUCACACCUGUAAAGCGACCUCAUGAGAGCCACACAGGCCACCUCCCUCAGGUAAGCCUGGCUGAUGGCGAGGGCUCAGAAACAGAGGAGGGGCACUCCGCAGCGGCCGUCCCUAAGAAAAGGCGGAGAGGCCCCAGGGCACGCGCCAGCAAUGACCCUGACGAGGAAGACAGCAGCAGCAAGAAACUCAGCAGCCAAGGCAACUACUCAGGCAGGAGAAGAAACCGGCAUCCAUCAGCAAGAGGAGCAGCACCUGUGGAUGAUGACAAUGAGGCAAGUGGGCUUUCGACACUCUCCAUCGCUUGCAGUGCAGUCAGGCGGUCAAGAUACAACUUUUGUCAGGAACUUGACCCAGACCUGGAUGCAUCCAAAAGGAUAGCUGUACUGCAGGCACGGAUUCAAGAGUUGAAGAGAACCUACAUGCAAGUCAAGACGGAAUUAGCCUCUGUUGAACGCAGACGGAAAAAGCUUCGCAGGAAAGAGCGAGAAAGUAAAGACAGAAUUAAUUUAUGUUGAUGACAUACUUUUCUUUUACUUUUUAAGUUUAUUUUUGCAAAAGCUCUUCAUGUAAUUCAUCAACCUUGUCAUUAAAAGAACUGUAACAUGUAGAAACUGACAAGGUGGAAUAGCAUUUGUAAGAGAGAACAAAUAGGAAAAAGGAAAAAAAAGAAAAUAAAAGACAGACAGGGAACAGCAGACCUGGAAAUUAAUUGAAAGAUUUGACUGCCAAAUUUAAUGUGGCAAACCUUUCUUUCCAGAAGAGACCAAGGCAGAACCCACAUGAAAAGUGGCGUCUUUAAAACCCAGUCAAAGUGAAGGCUUACCAUUUAAAAGGUCUGAUGCCUGAGCAGCAGCAGUGAAUUUUUGCUGUAAAAGAAGAAUGGAUCUCAAGUAGUGCAGUGUAUGUGUUGAUUGACAGAAAUGUUUGUCUGCCUCAAAGGUGACAGGUUGUGCUUGAAAUAUAUUUAAGGUUUUAAAAGAUUUUUUCAAAAAUCACUUUUACUUGGUAUGAUUCAAAACUCUGACUCUGAUUUUCUCUGUCUCUCUCUCUGUCUCUCUCUCUGUCUCUCUCUCUGUCUCUCUCUCUGUCUCUCUCUCUGUCUCUCUCUCUGUCUCUC